AUUGCUGUUCAAAGGGCGACGUCGUGCCGUCGCCAGCCUCUGAAACGGACGAAGUCGCAAAUUUUCGUAACGAUUACAAACCUCGUCUCACGGAUCCGUCGCGAGCCGUGACGUCACCGCCACCCCGCCGUUAUUAAAAUUCGUCGCCGAGGCGACCGCUGUGACGUCAUGUCACCCGCACGCACGCCCGGUGCCUCUCACCCUCCUUGGUGGUUGCCUCUGUGCGGGGCUUUUUGUUGUUGUUGCAGCGUUUGGCGGUGAAGCGGAACGGGGUGGUGGCGAGAGACAAAAGGCGGAGAUUUUGUUGUUGUUUUAUAACGGCACGCCCGGGGAGGAGGAGGAGGAGGAGUGGGGGGCCGGGGAAGGUGGGACAAGUCGCGGUGCAACCGGUCCAGGAGAGAAGAUCACCGAACAUGGCUGAGGAGGGAGCCGGGGUCCAUUGCCUAGGAGAGGGACACGCGCAGUCUGUCGUAUGUCAGCGAUACAGAAUCUCCAGUCUUUCGACCCCUUUGUUGAUGCAACUAAGGGUGAGGAAAGCCUCCCAGAAGGGACAGAGGACUACGUCCAUAUAAGGAUCCAGCAGAGGAACGGCCGAAAGACUCUGACGUCCGUGCAGGGCAUCGCCGAUGACUACGACAAGAAGAAGCUGGUCAAGGCUUUUAAGAAGAAGUUUGCCUGCAAUGGUACUGUGAUUGAGCAUCCAGAGUACGGGGAGGUGAUCCAGCUGCAGGGAGACCAGCGUAAGAACAUCUGCCUCUUCCUUGCCGAGGUUGGCAUUGCCAAGGAAGACCAGCUGAAGGUGCACGGCUUUUGAGCGCCGGCACGAGGAUGCGUGCGCACAGACCAUGAUGCAGCGCCGCGCUGCACGACCGGAGCCACCCACGCCUGCUCUCAGAUGCUGCCAACACCGCCACGCUCAACCGCAUCUCCGCAGAAAAUUAAUACCCACAGUUGCACAUUUAUCACUGUUUUAGUUGAAGAUGAAGUAAGGUUUGAAUCAAUUUUACCCAGUUAAUUUUCCCCACCACCUGAUUUUAACUAAUUAUCCCACAAUUCUGUUUAGCACUUAUUGCAGUUUUUCACGAAAGAACGUGUUUAAAUAAAUCUGAGAAAUGCACGGAAAUAUUUUAUUUUGUAUCACUACACCUUUUUUCACUUAAUGUUACAGUGUUAUUUUUUUCCCUCUAUAGCUUUCAUACAUGCUAUUCUGGCCUACAUGGAUCUCUUUAUGUUUUAUUAUUUAAAAAAUAUUAGAAGAUGCACAUUGUUUCAGAGACCUUCAUAAUAUAGAUUGAAACAUGAUCAUAUAUUUUUAAAUAAUGUAAUCCAGGCAUGCCAAUUAGCUAGUUUUUAAGCGGAUUACCGCAAUAACACUGACAAACAACUACUAAAGCACUAAGAAUGUUGAAUGUCGACUUAUGUUGGACAAGACAUACAUCGCUUUAAAAUGUAUUUUUAACUAUGGGAAACAGUGCUUGCACUGUUAAAUGUGACACCUGUGUUCAUGGAUUUAAACGAGAUGUGAAUGAUUAACACAUUUUGUACAGAAUUCAGUUUUAUUUUGUUUUAAAAUGGUGACGAACACACGCGCUCCACUGACUAUUUUUUGGUCGUAAAAUUCAUCCAGCUAACGCAAUUAUUCCACUUGG